CAUUUGGUUUGUUUGCCUUGUUAGGAAAACGGUCGUUGGAGCAUUUUUUUCUUGACUGUGCUACAUCUGGUUGUAGUGUCCGUCAGCGGCCAUAUGUAAUUUAACUUCAUUCAUUCGUUUACAGACGCACCUAGGUUCAUUUUGUUUAAACCGAGCGACGGUUUCUAGGGUGAAAAGUCGCGUAUUUCUAUCCGCUCCGUCAUUCUUUGGGACGUGAAUCAGUUUAUGCCUCGGUGACUGUCCGUUUCAGGCUGGGUUGUGACAGCAUAGUACAAUGAUCGAGCGACCAGAGACUGCGGUUCCCAGCAUCGCUCAACGGAACCUAGAGGGCUAUGUGGGCUUCGCUAAUCUCCCCAAUCAGGUGUAUCGGAAGUCAGUCAAAAGAGGAUUCGAGUUUACUUUAAUGGUUGUAGGUGAAUCUGGUCUCGGGAAGUCAACACUCAUCAACUCUCUGUUCCUGACUGACCUGUACUCCAAGGACUACCCUGGGCCCUCCCAGCGGAUCAAGAAGACUGUGCAGGUGGAGCAGUCCAAAGUGCUGAUAAAAGAAGGAGGCGUCCAGCUUACACUCACCAUUGUUGAUACUCCAGGAUUUGGGGAUGCAGUGGACAACAGCAACUGUUGGCAGCCAGUCAUUAACUACAUCGACAGUAAGUGCGAGGACUUCCUGAAUGCAGAAUCGAGAGUGAAUCGCAGAUCCAUGCCAGACAACAGAGUCCACUGCUGCCUAUACUUCAUAGCGCCCUCUGGACACGGUCUGAAGCCACUGGACAUCGAGUUCAUGAAGAGACUCCAUGACAAAGUCAACGUCAUCCCUCUUAUUGCAAAAGCCGACACUCUGACCCCAGAGGAGUGCCAGCUCUUUAAAAAACAGAUAAUGAAAGAGAUACAGGAACACAAAAUCAAAAUUUAUGAAUUCCCAGACACGGAGGAUGACGAGGACAACAAGCUCAUCCGAAAGAUUAAGGAAAAGAUGCCACUGGCAGUGGUCGGCAGCAACGUGGUAAUCGAGGUGAACGGCAAGAAGGUCAGAGGUCGUCAGUACCCGUGGGGCGUGGCAGAAGUGGAGAAUGGGGAACACUGUGACUUCACCGUGCUACGCAACAUGCUGAUCAGGACCCAUAUGCAGGAUUUAAAGGAUGUCACCAACAAUGUCCACUAUGAGAAUUACCGUAGUAAGAAACUGGCUGCCGUCACCUGUAAUGGAGUGGACACUACCAAGACCAAGGGCCAGCUGACUAAGAGUCCUCUGGCCCAGAUGGAAGAGGAGCGCAGGGAGCACGUGAUGAAAAUGAAGAAGAUGGAGGCUGAAAUGGAACAGGUCUUUGAAAUGAAGGUUAAGGAGAAGAAGCAGAAACUGAAGGACUCUGAGGCGGAGCUCGAACGACGCCACGAGCAGAUGAAAAGGAACUUGGAGGCGCAGUACAAAGAGCUGGAGGAGAAGAGACGAGUGUUUGAGGACGAGAAGACCAACUGGGAGGCUCAGCAGAGAAUCCUAGAGCAGCAGAAACUGGAUGCCUCCAAGACGAUGGAAAAGAACAAAAAGAAAGGAAAAAUCUUUUGAAGAGACACGACCCGUUUCUUCAAGUUUUACACAAACUUUCCUCCAUUCUGAAGUUCACAUGUACUGUGGCCCUCCAAACAUACACUAGCAUAAAACACAUAAACAACAUUCCUCUGUGUCCCUUUUCUACACACACACACACACACACACACACACACAAGCCCACAUGCUCCUCUCUCCAGGGUUUUACUGUAUCCGAACUAUCCUUUCAUUUUCAUGGGGGAAUGCACGUUUUUGUGAAACUCUAUUUUCCUAUAUUUCCUGACAAAGAGGAGAAGCUGAUAUUCCUCUGAGCUACAGUACAGAGUCAACACAUGGCAGGGACCAUGCAUAGCCAUUUGUACACGUGUAGUAGUUGUAUGUCCUCUAGAUAUUCCAUAGAUCUGCAGAUAGACUCACUAUCCCUCUCCUCGACGCUCUUUCUUUUAUUCUUAUUCUUCUCAAACACAUUAACCACACAUUGAAACUAAACUGAGUCGUAAAGACCUCAGUGAGAGUCUGUGAAGAGAAGGAGAGUGUAUGUGUAUGUGAGUGAAGGUAACUGAGUCAGACGGCAGCUGAGGAGGGAAAGGUCUGCUCGGGGAAUUAAGUCCCAGUCAGCAUAAAACUGGCACAGUGAAAUGAUCAUUGAGUUUUGCAAAAAUUGGGGUUCUACAAGCUUUGUUAGGGCUGGACAAUAAGCUACUGUAACUGCCAAGUUAAUCUAAACAUGCAGCGCUAUUUAGUCAGAGGGGCUUUUUGGAAUUUAUUUUUGUAUUUUCAGUACUAGGCUGUUCUUGUUUACUCCUCAGUAGAUGGUGCAAAUAUGUUUCACGCUUAAGCAAAAACGUCUUUUUGACUAAAUUCACACUUUAAAGUUUACCGAUCUCAAUGCAAAAAAAUCCCCCAUUGCAAGCCCAAUCAAUGAUCAAAUAGCUAGUGUGACUGGGUCUUUAGGACAGUGAGUGGUGUGUUAAAGCAGGUGUGUUUACUUCCGUGAUGUGUUUGAGGUCAUAGAAACAGGUGCAUCUCAAUAAAUUAGAAUAUCAUAGAAAAGUUUAUUUAUGUCAGUAAUUCAAUUCAAAAAGUGGAAAUAACACAUUAUAUAGAUCCAUUACACACAGAAUGACACAUUUCAUGCCUUAAUUUAUUUAAGUUCUUGUAAUUAUAAUGAUUAUGGCUUACAUUAAAUGAAGACCUAAAAUUCAGUGUCUCAAAAAAAUUAAAUAUUACAAAAGAACAAUUUUAAAAAGUAUGUUUAAUAUGGAAAUGUUGGCCUCUGAAAAGUAUGUCCAUCAAUACUUGGUUGGGACUAUUUGACUUGAACUACUGGAAAUGGACUUUUUCAUGAUAUUCUAAUGUAUUGAGAUGCACCUGUAGCUGGUGUGACUGGGUCUUUAGGAGAGUCGUGUGUUAAAGCAGGUGUGUUUACUUCCAUGAUGCGUUUGAGGACAUAGAUGCUGUCUGAUCUGAACCGCAGACAGAAGAAGGGAGAUAAGAAUUGUGUUUAACAGCAGCCAGAAUAUUGUCAUUGCAGUGUGUGUUUCCUAUCUAAAUAGAAGACAUUAUGCAAAAUACAAAAGCCUCAUUGGUGUCUACAACUUUACAGGUGACAAAGAUUACAAAGAUGUUUAUAUUGUGAUGGAUGUUGUCAUAAAUCUGAACCCUGAUGUCCGGCUUUUUGUGAUGUUUUCCCUUUGGGAUAAUUUAUCAAAAACCUGAAAUAUUCCUUUAAUCUUCCUUUCUCCCUGGACUCUCCGGAAAGAUAUCUGUUUGGAGAAGUUUCGCCAAUUUAGCCAUAGCUUUGUUUCUGACUUCACUUUCAAAUAUUACACAUAAAUAACUCCCCUUCUGUUCUUCUCUCAAACAGAAUCUGUAAAGUCCAGGUCUCAGUUGAGUCAGAAAGAGUUUCCAUUUUAUCCGUUUUAUUUUCAUAUGUUAAUAGGACUAUAUGUAAGGUUGAAGAACGACUGCUUAAAUCCCUUGUAGUUUUCUUAAAUGACUCAUAAAGUAAUCUGUUAUUUUAGUAAAGCUUCUCAGGCUGCUUGCAGUCUAAAUGGUGCAUUUAAAGCAAAAUCCUAAAGGGAUGACCCUUACACCUGCAGCACAUUAAAUAUUACCUGUAUGGAUCUGUUCAUGAUGGAAAUGCUUAUAUUGUGUACAUACUGGAGGCUGCUCAGUGGCCUUUUUCUCUUUUGUUUAUUUUUUCAGAUUAUUAUAUCCCAGGAAUAACAGCAGAACUUGUACUCAGAAUUAAACCUUAUUAUUAUUAUUAUGUAAAACUUGUCUUAAGAAUACACAAAUACAUUUCUCAUACAUUACACACACAUGUACUGUGUGCAUCUAUGCCAAUGAGUACACGUUCUCAGGACCGCUCUGUUAUGCUCUAUUUUCUCUUUAAGUCCAGAGAAAAGCUGUUCAGUGGUCCUACAGGUUAAAACAGUGAAAUUUUCUUUGAAUUACUUGUGAACCACUCACCCUUCCAAUAACACCAAGUAAACAUAGACAUGAGUUUAGGUGGAUUUUUAAUACUUUCUUUUUUUUGUAUGUACACUGUUUACUGCAUCUCUUCUUUGUUUACCAUGUGUUCUGUCUCUAACUGUAUAUGGUUAAUAUUAAAGUUGACAAUGGUUAUGCUUUAA